AAAGAAGCUCCUCCUCACCGACCGAGAUCGGUCGUCAUCGACAUAGAUCGACAACUGUACCACCCCUACUACUACCCCCGAGCUAAGUAAAUAGUGUCGUCCAGGUGAUAUUGUUUAUUUUUUGCGUUCGUGACGGUGUUAGUGCUGGUGGCAAAAGUGAUUGCAGAAAAUGAGAAUUUCCGUGAUGUUUCUGUGUCUUCUACAACUUACCUCGUGCACUGGUGAUAGAGAUCCCAAAGCCAAGGGCGGUAGAGGUAAAGGAUCUAUGUGGUGGGGGAUAGCAAAAGCGGAUGAACCAAAUAAUCUCUCCCCACAUCCUGGAAUAACAAGAUUUGGUCCUUCAGCACUAGAAACAUUAAGAAAAAAACAACAGAAACUAGUCAGGGAAAACCCCGGAGUUUUAAAUGCAAUCGCUAAAGGAGCUAUGCAAGCAAUAUCAGAAUGCCAACAUCAAUUUAGAAAUAGACGAUGGAAUUGUUCAACCAAAAACUUUUUGAGAGGGAAAAAUUUAUUUGGGAAAAUCGUAGAUAAAGGUUGUCGAGAAACGGCAUUUAUCUAUGCAAUAACCAGUGCGGCAGUUACUCAUGCGGUAGCUCGAGCUUGCAGCGAAGGAACUAUCGAGACUUGUAAUUGCGAUUUUAACCAUCACAGGAGGAAGGCGAGGUUUACUACAACGAACUCUGGAGUUCCCAGCAUGAACGAUUGGGAAUGGGGCGGAUGUUCCGAUAACAUCGAGUUUGGAUUUAAAUUUGGAAGGGAGUUCGUCGAUGCUGGGGAACGAGGUAGAAGUUUGAGGGAGAAGAUGAAUUUACAUAACAAUGAUGCUGGCAGAUUGCAUGUACAAUCUCAAAUGCGUCAAGAAUGCAAAUGUCACGGAAUGUCCGGAUCUUGUACGGUAAAAACGUGUUGGAUGCGACUUCCACCGUUUCGAGCGAUCGGUGAUCAACUAAAAGAUAGAUUUGACGGUGCUUCUCGAGUGAUGGCAAGUAAUUCCGCUAUUACAAGAACUGGAAAUGAAGCGCGAAGCAAACGGCCGAAAAAAGAAAGUCCCAAUGCUCUUCAAAACAGUAUCCAUAGUCCAAGAAUGAAUCACGCGAAAAAGUUUAAGUACGGGUUCCAAUUUAAACCUUUCAAUUCUGAACACAAACCACCAGGUAGCGAAGAUUUAGUUUACUUGGAAACUUCGCCGGGAUUCUGCGAAAAGAAUCCAAAGUUGGGAAUAUUGGGAACUCACGGUAGGCAAUGUAAUGAUACUUCUUUGGGUGUAGACGGUUGCGACCUGAUGUGUUGUGGUCGAGGGUACAGAACUCAAGAAGUUCCAGUAGCCGAGAGGUGCAACUGUACGUUUAAAUGGUGCUGUGAGGUCAAAUGCGAUGUUUGCAGGUCAACGAAGAUUGUGCACACGUGCUUAUAAAAUCAUUUUCAUCAACACAAUUUUAUAUCAUUUUUUAUCUUUCUUUAAAUUUUUACUUUGUAUCUUGUGACUUUUUGUACAUUGUUAUUUUUUAUUUCUUUUUUCUGUUUUUAAAACAAAGUCAGUAUUACGAUACUAUUAUGUGAUCAACUUAUAUACAUUUUUAAUGAGAUAAUUUUACUACAUACGCUUCUAUUUAUACUUUACAUUUCUUUUUUAAUAUUCAAGACGAAUUAAGUGAAAUGUAGGAAAAUAAUUGCAUCAGUAUUAUGCGAAAGUAAACUGAAUUGAUUGAAUAUGUGUGUAAAUAGCUAAAUAAAGAUUUUUUUUUCGGUGAACUUAUAAAAAAGACUGACAGUGCUUAAAUAAUUAUUAGAAAAUAGAUAUUAGAUUGAGAAUUAAAAAAAAAAUACAGUUUUAAAAUGUACAUAUAGCCUUCACUCCAAUCAUUAUAAUUAUUACUAAUCUAAUUAUUAAUUAUUUAUCAAUUAUUAUUAUUAUUAUUAAAAAACGCGAUAUUAAUUUAUUACUUUUUAAUUAUUUUUUUGUUGUUGUAUAUAACUUCUAUCAGCAUUUAGCAUCUCAUAUUAUAAUUAAUUAUGAUAAUAAUUUAAUUAUUGUACCUAUGUAUGUGUUUAUCAUAAAAAAAGAAUUUUCUCAAAUUUAUUUAUUGUGCAUAGGUGUUGUAAUAUAUAUUUGUAAAUAGGAAUGAAUUAUAUUUGUAUGUAGAUACUUUAGAUAAGAACGCCAACAUCCUGUCUUUUUUUAUAAUAAUAUAAUUUAUCUGUUGUAAGGGCUUCCGAUUGAGAAGUUGCAAAAUAAAAGAAGAUUCAAAUUAAA